GCAAACACGUGACGCGUAUAAACAAGGAAGUGAUUUCUGUUUGCGGUGAUUUGUGUUUUAACGACACGAAAAGGACGAAAACCUUCAAUGACACCCUCACAGGGAUGAUCUGAGACUACAGGAGACUCAUGGGGGAGCUGGAGUUGAGACGAAAACGGCACAUGUUGAGGUUUCCUGCUCGGAUCUGUCGCUGACUCUGAGCCGGUUCACGGCUGCUAUGGAGAUAAGGAGAGCUCUCGCACGCUCGUUAUGAAUCCCAGCUCCUCGUCGGCGAGCUCUGAGAGCCAGUCGCCCGAUGAUGACCUAACAGAAGACUGGCUCUUCCUCCCCAACAACGUUAACACGGCGACACAGCAGCACCUGGAGGAGGAGGAGGAGAGUAACACGGAGCAGGAUGAAGAGGACAGAGGAAGACUCAGGUCCAAGCUGGUGUCGGCGUGGAACAGCGUCAAAUACGUCUGGUCUUGGAAGCAGAAGUCCAAAUACAGCAAGAGCUCCCCCGUGGUCAUGCUGGGGAAGUCGUACGAGCCCAGGGAUCAAGCGGAGAGAGAGCGUUUCCGCCGCUGCUUCACGUCGCUCCUGUGGCUGACGUACAGACGGGGUUUCCCUCCCUUACCUGAAGGGGCUCUGACCACGGACAGCGGCUGGGGGUGUGUGCUGCGGACCGGGCAGAUGCUGCUGGCACGAGGCCUGCUGCUGCACCUGAUGCCUCCAGGUUGGACCUGGUCCGCCAGCCAGCACGCCGUCCGGGACGACAUGGACCUGCUGGUGAGCAGCACAGAGCGAGGACUCUACCUGAAGGACGGGCCGGAUAAGAAGACCCGCAGACUGAGCCUGGACUCCCUCCUGGACAGACCCAUGGAGGCCUCACACAGGAGGGUGGUGACGUGGUUCGCAGACCAUCCCACGGCCCCCUUUGGGAUUCACAAGCUGGUGGAGCUGGGGAAGAGCUCGGGGAAGAAGGCCGGGGACUGGUACGGACCGUCUAUCGUGGCACAUAUCCUCCGGAGAGCUGUGGAUGCAACGACAGACGUUCCUAAUCUGGUGGUUUACGUUGCACAGGACUGCACCAUCUAUCUGGAGGACGUGAAGCGGCUGUGUGAGCGUCCUCCUCCUCAGUCCUGGAAGUCCGUCAUCAUCCUUGUUCCUGUGCGCCUGGGAGGACAGGAUCUGAACCCCUCCUACGUCACAUGUGUCAAAAAACUCCUGACGUUAGAAAGCUGCAUCGGAAUCAUCGGAGGGAAACCGAAGCACUCUCUGUUCUUUGUGGGCUUUCAGGAUGAUCAUCUGCUGUACCUGGACCCUCACUACUGUCGGCCCACAGUGGACACAAAGAAACAGAACUUCCCCUUAGAGUCGUUCCACUGUAAAUACCCCCGGACGAUGUCGUUCUCGCGGAUGGAUCCCAGCUGUACAUUUGGAUUCUACGCUAAAGGCCAGAAGGACUUUGAAGCCCUGUGCACGGACGUUAACGAGGCCCUCUCCACUUCUGCAGAGACGUACCCCAUGUUUAUUUUUGUAGAAGGAAAAAGUCAGGAGGAAGAGGAGGUUCGCAAAUCAUCCACAAACAUCGCCUACAUCCAGAGGAAGAGCGAGCGGAAACAAGUGGUCACCAGCAGCAGCAUGGACGAGUUUGUGCUUCUAUGAUCAAAAGGAAAUCAGCACUCUGAGCACUGAGCUGUGAGCAUGAUCAACAAUCACGAUCCACUGAGCACACCAACAAACACGGUCCUCCACGUCCAGAGGAGAUCACACCCUGAUGAAGACGUCCGUCAUGAAGCUGUAUUUUUAUGUUUUGUGGUCAUAUAUAUUUUAUUUAUUGUUUUAAGAGGAUCAAAUGUUCACAUUUAUCAACAUCAGCAUUUUACUUUAUCUCUUCAAAGUCACACACACAGUCGAAACACAGUUUUUCCCAGGGAUCAACUUCAGACAAGCGUCACUGUGAGACAGUCAGCCUCUGUUUAAUAUCAACUAACAGGAAGUGCAGCUGCUCAGUGGACCAGAAAAUCAGACCUCUGUAAACAUGUGAAGCACAUGAGAACAAACUGACACAUAAACUGUAGGAACUGCACUCUUGCUGGAAAAGAACAAAAAGUGUAGAUCAUAUUUUUCAGAGCUGGAAUAUUUUUGUUGGUUUGAAUAAAAAUGUUUAUGAAUAAAAAAAAAGUUCUACAGUC